CUGAGGACACAUGUGGGGGCACUGUGAGGGGCGGCAGUGGGGUGGUGACCAGUCCCGGUUACCCUGGCAACUAUGGUAACCAGGCCGACUGUACUUGGAUCCUUUUGGCCGAACCUGGAGACACCAUCUCUCUCAUCUUUACAGACUUCCAGACAGAGGAGAAGUACGACUACCUGGAAGUGGAGGGAUCUGAACCACCAACCAUUUGGUUGUCAGGCAGUAAUGUACCCUCUCCCGUCAUUAGCAACAAGAACUGGCUCCGACUGCAUUUUGUGACUGAUAACAACCACCGUUACCGUGGUUUCAGCACACAUUAUCAAGAUAGUACAGCCAGAGAUAGACAGGAAAGGGGCAGAGAGAGGAAGGACAACAUGCAGCAAAGGGCCAUGGUGAAGCGAUCAGUAGAUUUUAAAUCUCGGGGCGUUAAAUUAUUCCCUGGCAAAGACUCCAGCAACAAGUUUUCAAUAUUAAAUGAAGGAGGUGUGAAACAUGCGUCUAACUCCUGCCCUGACCCAGGAGAGCCAGAGAAUGGAAAGCGGCAUGGCAGCGAUUUCAGCAUUGAGUCUGUGGUGCAGUUCACUUGUGGAGAGGACUAUGUUCUUCAGGGCAGUAAAACCAUCAGCUGCCAGAGAGUGGCGGAAGUCUUCACAGCCUGGAGUGACCACAGACCGGUCUGUAAAGUGAAGACAUGUGGCAGUAGUCUUCAAGGGCCGUCAGGAACCUUCACAUCUCCUAACUUCCCAAUUCAAUAUGAGAGCAAUGCACAGUGUGUGUGGAUUAUUACUGCCUCAAAUCCAAACAAGGUUAUCCAGAUCAACUUCGAAGAGUUUGACCUGGAGAUAGCCUAUGAUACUCUGACCAUAGGGGAUGGAGGGGAGGUGGGGGAUCCUACAGCUAUUCUGCAGGUACUAUCAGGAAGCUUUGUUCCUGACCUGAUAGUCAGCCUGACCCACCAGAUGUGGCUUCACCUUCAGUCAGAUGAGAGUGUCGGAUCCAUAGGAUUCAAGAUCAACUACAAAGAAAUAGACAAAGAGAGCUGUGGCGACCCUGGGACUCCUCUCUAUGGAGUAAGAGAAGGGGACAGCUUCCUGAAUGGAGGAAUCCUGAGGUUUGAGUGCCAGUUUGGCUUCGAGCUGAUUGGAGAGAAAACCAUCUCCUGCCAAGACAACAACCAGUGGUCAGCGAACAUCCCCAUUUGCAUAUUCCCCUGCAUGUCAAAUUUCACAGCUCCCUUGGGAACCGUCCUCUCCCCAGAUUACCCAGAAGGCUAUGGGAACAACAUGAACUGUGUCUGGCUCAUUCAAUCAGAACCAGGCUCCAGAAUCCACUUGGCAUUUAAUGACUUUGACCUUGAAGCACCCUACGAUUCCUUAACUGUGAAAGAUGGCGAGACAAACGAUGCGGGCGUCAUCGGGAGGUUCUCUGGAGCUGAGAAUCCAUCCCACCUGACGUCCAACACCAACACAGUGAGGCUGGAGUUUCAGGCCGAUCACUCCAUGUCAGGAAGAGGAUUUAAUAUCACAUACAGUACCUUCGGGCAUAAUGAGUGCCCGGACCCUGGCAUUCCCAUUAACGCUCGCCGCUUCGGAGACAGCUUUCAGCUCGGCAGCUCCGUCUCGGUGGUCUGCGAGGACGGGUUCAUCAAAACCCAAGGAUCCGAGACCAUCACCUGUCAGUUAGAGAAAGGGAAAGUCAUGUGGAGUGGGCCCAUCCCUAAAUGUGAAGCCCCCUGCGGAGGCCACUAUUCAGCCCCCACUGGAGUGAUCUUGUCUCCCGGGUGGCCAGGUUACUAUAAAGAUUCCCUCAGCUGUGAGUGGGUGAUUGAAUCAGAGCCUGGACGCUCCAUAAAAGCUACAUUCGACAGGUUCCAGACGGAGCUGGGUUAUGAUUUCCUGGAGAUCCAUGAUGGGCCAAACCUCCUGUCUCCUCUGGUUGGCUCCUUUAAUGGUACCCAGGUGCCCCAGUUCCUGUUCAGCAGCAACAACUUUCUUUAUCUGCUGUUCACCACCGACAACAGCCGAUCAAAUGCUGGUUUCAAGAUAGUGUAUGAAAGUGUUACAGUCGACAGCUACUCAUGCCUGGACCCUGGGAUCCCUGUCAACGGUAUUCGGUACGGGCAGGAUUUUGCCAUUGGGUCCACGGUGUCAUUCGGUUGUGAUUCUGGCUACAGACUUAGCCAUGAGGAGCCGCUAGUAUGUGAGAAGAACCACUGGUGGAGCCACCCUUUACCUACAUGUGACGCUCUGUGUGGCGGGGAUGUUAGGGGUCCCUGGGGAACCAUCCUUAGUCCCGGCUAUCCAGACAGCUACCCUUCAUCUCUCAACUGUACCUGGACCGUUGAAGUCAGCCACGGGAAAGGAGUCCAGUUUCAGUUCAGCUCUUUCCACCUGGAGGACCAACAUGACUACCUCUUGGUUACGGAGAACGGAAGUUUUCUGCAACCACUGGCUCGCCUGACCGGCAACGAGUUGCCUAGCAACAUCAAUGCUGGUCUCUAUGGCAACUUCAAAGCUCAGCUACGAUUCGUCUCUGACUUUUCGAUUUCAUAUGAGGGCUUCAACAUAACUUUCUCUGAAUACACUCUGGAGCCGUGUGAGGAUCCCGGGAUGCCUCGGUUUGGCCAAAGAAACGGUUUCACUUUCGGAAUCGGAGACACGUUGUCUUUUUCCUGUAAUAUGGGAUACCGCCUAGAGGGGUUGCCAGAGGUGAUCUGUCUGGGAGGAGGGCGGAGAAUGUGGAGCUCGGCUCUACCAAGAUGUGUCGCCGAGUGUGGUUCUUCAGUUAUAAACAACGAAGGGAUCAUUCUCUCUCCAAACUAUCCAAUGAACUACGACAACAACCACGAGUGCAUCUACAGCAUCCAGGUGCAAGCUGGGAAAGGCAUCAACAUUUCUGCUAGAACCUUUCAUCUCGCCCAGGCAGAUAUGCUAAAGAUUUAUGAUGGUAAAGACAGCACAGCCCAGGUUCUGGGAGCGUUCACGGGAUCAUCCAUGUUGGGCCUGACGCUGAUCUCCACAUCAAACCACCUCUGGCUGGAAUUUUACAGCGAUUCAGAAAGUAAUGGGGAAGGAUUCAAACUGGUCUACUCCAGUUUUGAGUUGUCCCACUGUGAGGACCCUGGCGUGCCUCAGUUCGGCUUCAAGGUCAACGACCAAGGUCAUUUCACCGGGAGCAGCAUCACAUACAGAUGUGAGCCCGGAUACACUCUGCAUGGUGCCACCACCCUGAAGUGCAUGACAGGCGAGAGGAGAGCCUGGGAUAACCCCCUGCCUUCCUGCAUCGCCGAGUGUGGGGGCCGUUUUAAGGGGGAGUCUGCAGGGCGGAUUCUUUCCCCUGGGUACCCUUUUCCUUACGACAAUAAUCUGCGCUGCACUUGGACCAUCGAGGUGGACUCAGGAAACAUUGUGAGUCUCCAGUUCUUGGCGUUUGACACAGAAGCCAGCCACGACAUGCUGAAGGUUUGGGAUGGACCACCUGAGAACGAGAUGUCUUUGUCAGAGCUGAGUGGGUCUCUGCUCCCUGAGGGACUGCACUCCACACUGAACACUGUCACUAUUCAGUUUGAGACAGACUUUUACAUCAGCAAGUCAGGAUUCGCUAUGCAGUUCUCUAGCUCUGUGGCUACAGCCUGCAGGGACCCGGGUGUACCAAUGAACGGCAGUCGUAGUGGAGAUGGCCGUGAGCCGGGGGAUUCAGUGUCCGUUCAGUGUGACCCAGGAUAUGAGCUCCAGGGGGAUGAAAAAAUCACCUGCAUACAAGUGGAUAACAGAUACUACUGGCAGCCCAGCCCGCCUGUCUGCAUAGCUCCAUGUGGAGGAAACCUAACUGGCUCCAAUGGAUUUAUACUGUCUCCUAACUACCCUCAUCCCUACCCUCACUCCAAGGACUGUGACUGGCUCAUUGCUGUCAACUCUGACUACGUCCUGUCGUUGGCGUUCAUCGGUUUCAACAUUGAGCCAAACUACGACUUCCUGUAUAUAUACGAUGGUCCGGACAGCAACAGUCCUCUGAUUGGUAGCUUCCAGGACAGCAAACUCCCAGAGCGGAUAGAGAGCAGUUCGAAUACAAUGCACUUAGCAUUCCGCAGUGAUGGGUCUGUUUCUUACGGCGGUUUUCACCUGGAAUACAAAGCCAAGCUGAGGGAAUCAUGUUUCGACCCAGGUGUGGUUCUGAAUGGGACCAGGCUGGGAUCUGACUAUAAGCUUGGAUCUACUGUCACCUUCUAUUGUGAGGCCGGAUAUGUUUUGCAGGGCUAUUCUACCCUCACCUGCAGUAUGGGAGAUGAUGGCAGACCUGGGUGGAACCGAGCAUUGCCGAGUUGUCAAGCUCCCUGCGGAAGUCGUUCUACAGGAACAGACGGGACUGUUUUAUCCCCAAACUUUCCCAGAAACUAUACCUCUGGACAGAACUGUGUGUACUCCAUUUCUGUUCCUAGAGAGUUUGUCCUCUUUGGACAGUUUGUGAUGUUCCAGACUUCUCUCAACGAUGUGGUGGAAAUUUACGAUGGACCAACUCAACAAAACACGCUAUUGUCUUCUCUCUCUGGGUCCCACUCUGGUGAGUCUCUCCCUCUGAGCUCGGGAAACCAGGUCACGGUAAAGUUUAGCACGGUCGGACCAGAAACUGCUAAGGGAUUUCACUUUGUCUACCAAGCUGUACCGAGGACCAGCUCCACACAGUGCAGUUCGGUCCCUGAGCCGCGGUUUGGGAAACGCCUCGGCAAUGACUUUGCAGUUGGCUCGAUGGUGCAGUUUGAGUGUAACCCUGGUUACGUCCUGCAAGGCUCCACUGUCAUACGGUGUGAGAGUGUCCUUGACAACAUGGCACAAUGGAAUGACACCCUGCCAACAUGUAUAGUUCCCUGUGGGGGUGCGUUGACCGCCCGUCGUGGGACCAUCCUAUCGCCUGGAUAUCCAGAGCCCUAUGACAACAAUCAGAACUGUGUGUGGAAGGUCUCUGUUCCAGAAGGAGCUGGAAUACAGAUACAAGUUGUGAGUUUUGCCACAGAGCAUAACUGGGACUCUUUGGAUUUUUAUGAUGGUGCCGACAACCACGCACCAAGACUGGGCAGCUACUCUGGCACGACUAUUCCCCCUCUCCUGAAUAGCACAUCUAACAACCUCCAUCUAAGCUUCAACUCGGAUAUAAGUGUCUCAGCUGCUGGUUUUCACUUGGAAUAUACAGCUAUUGGUCUGGAGUCAUGUUCCGAGCCACAGACGCCAAACUAUGGAAUAAGGCAAGGAGACCGAUUUAUGGUGGGAGACGUCGUACAGUUUGUAUGUGAACAAGGAUACUCUCUUCAGGGCAAUGCUCAUAUCACAUGCAUGCCUGGACCUGUGAGAAGAUGGAACUACCCUGUGCCGCUAUGUCUCGCUCAGUGUGGUGGGUCUAGGAAUGAAGUAAGUGGAGUAAUUUUAAGUCCUGGUUUCCCCGGCAACUACCCCAGUGGAUUAGACUGCACAUGGACAGUCAACUUACCUGUGGGCUUUGGAAUCCAUCUCGCGUUUUUAAACUUCUCCACCGAAGCGAUCCACGAUUACUUGGAGAUCCGCAGUGGAACCCUGGAGAUGGGCUCGGUGAUCGACCGGUUCAGCGGCCCGGUCAUCCCCAAGUCUCUGUUCAGCACCACCCACCAGACCAGCUUCUUCUUCCACAGCGACUACUCACAAAACAAACCAGGGUUCCACAUCACAUAUCAAGCCUACCAGCUUCAGAGUUGUCCAGACCCUCGGCCUUUUCGAAAUGGCAUCGUGAUUGGCACAGAUUUCAGCGUUGGGAUGACGGUGUCAUUUGAAUGUCUGCCCGGAUACUCUCUGAUCGGCGAGGCGUCGCUCACAUGUUUACACGGAAUCAGCAGGAACUGGAAUCACCCACUGCCACGAUGUGAAGCUCUCUGUGGUGGAAACAUCACGUCGUUAAAUGGAACCAUUUACUCUCCUGGUCACCCUGAGGAGUAUCCCAACUUCCAGGACUGUGUGUGGAGCGUCCGAGUUCCUCCUGGACACGGGAUCUACAUCAACUUCACUGUCCUGAGCACCGAGCCCAUAUAUGACUACAUCACUGUCUGGGAUGGUCCAGACCAAUCAUCUCCUCAAAUUGGCCAGUUUAGCGGGAACACAGCUCUGGAGUCUGUCUACUCGACUUCCAACAUCAUCCUCAUCAAAUUCCACUCAGACUUCUCUGGAGCCGGCUUCUUUGUCUUGAGCUACCAUGCGUACCAAUUAAGGGUUUGCCAGCCUCCUCCAGAGGUGCCCAACGCUGACAUGCUGAUGGAAGACGGGGAGUUGGAGAUAGGUGACAUCAUCAGGUACAGAUGCCAGCCUGGAUUCUCAUUGGUCGGCAGUGAGAUUCUAACUUGUCGCCUUGGAGAAAGACUACAGAUGGAUGCAGCUCCUCCAACAUGCCAAGUCCAAUGCCCUGCUCAUGAUGUCCGGUACGACUCGUCGGGGGUCAUCCUGAGUCCUGGUUGGCCAGAAAGCUAUCCUAACCUCCAGAUGUGUUCAUGGAGCAUCACAGUAGAAAAAGGAUACAAUGUCACCAUCACCUUUGAAGGUUUCCACACUGAGAAAGAGUUUGACGUGUUGGAGAUCUUUGAUGGUCUAACGGCCAACAGUCCCACUCUGGCGACACUGAGCGGCGACCUUCCUACGCCCUUCAACCUCACGACCUCCGGCCACCAGUUCCUGGUCCGCUGGUCUUCAGACCACGGCACAAACAAGAAAGGCUUCAAAAUUCGCUAUGUUGGUGAGUACCAAACGCUGUACUGCUCCACCCCAGACUCUCCGCUCCACGGCUCUAUCUCCUCUCAGAGCGGCGGCCAUAUUAACAGCGUGGUGCGCUGGGCUUGUGACCGUGGUUACCGUCUCAUAGGCAACGCUACAGCAACCUGCCGCCGCACGGCACUCGGCUACCACGCAUGGGACUCUCCUGUACCUGCGUGUCAAGCUGUUUCAUGUGGGGCGCCCAAGGCUCCUCCAAAUGGAGGCGUUUUAACAGCCGACUACUCCGUGGGAACAAGAGUUUCCUAUUUCUGUAACGACGGGUACAGACUCUCCAGUAAAGAGCUGACGUCAGCCAUCUGUCAGCCUGACGGGACGUGGAGCAACCACAACAAGAUACCACGGUGUUCUGUGGUGGUGUGUCCCAGCAUUGGCUCGUUUUCUUUGGAGCACGGCCGCUGGAGGAUAGUCAACGGCUCACACUACGAAUACAGAACUCGCAUCGUGUUCACCUGCGACCCGGGAUACUACAGAUUAGGCCCCGCCCACAUCCAGUGCCUAUCCACUGGCAUGUGGAGCUGGAAAAAUGAGAGGCCGCACUGCCAGAUCAUAUCCUGCGGAGAGCAGCCAUCUCUUCCCAAUGGGAAGAAGAUUGGUACUCAGACAAGCUUUGGGGCUACAGCCAUUUACACCUGUGACGCUGGUUUCAUGCUGGUGGGGUCAGCCGUCAGAGAGUGCCUGUCCUCUGGGCUGUGGAGUGGAACAGAAACUAGAUGUCUAGCCGGUCACUGUGGGAUCCCAGAAGGCAUUGUGAACGGUCAGGUGAUCGGGGAGAACUUUGGUUACCGUGAUACGGUCGUGUAUCAGUGCAUGCCUGGAUUUCGACUAAUAGGCUCAUCGGUUCGAAUCUGUCUCCAAGAAAACCAGUGGUCUGGACAACUGCCUGUCUGUAUAUCGAUCAGCUGUGGCCAUCCAGGAAGUCCCAUAUAUGGUCGUACGGUGGGAAACGGCUUCAACCUCAACAACGUGGUCAGCUUUGUGUGUAACCGGGGUUAUGAGAUGGAGGGGCCCGCACAUGCUCAGUGUCAGGCCAACCGACAGUGGAGCCACCCGCCCCCAACGUGUAAAGUGGUCAAUUGCUCUGAUCCAGGUAUCCCAGCCAACUCCAUCCGGCAGAGUAAAAUAGAGCACGGGAACUUCACCUUUGGCACUGUGGUCUUCUACGACUGUAACCCGGGGUAUUACCUGUUUGGAUCACCUGUUCUGUCCUGUCAGCCUACUGGACAGUGGGACAAACCUCUGCCCGAAUGUAUAGUUGUGGAUUGUGGUCACCCCGGCUCUCCCCCUAACGGUGUGCUGAGUGGAGUUAAGUUUACAUUUGGUUCAACGGUCCGAUACUCUUGUCUUGGUGGGAGACAGCUGAAAGGAGAAUCAUCCAGGACUUGUCAGCUCAACGGGAUGUGGAGUGCCCCCAUGCCCUUCUGCUCUGGCGACACAACGGGUUCCUGCGGCGAUCCCGGCAUUCCCUCCCAGGGUUCCAGGGAACAAACGGAUUUCAAGAUCCGUUCCAAGGUUUAUUUCAGCUGCACAGAGGGCUACGAUCUGAUUGGUUCUUCAGAACGGAUGUGCUUCCCUAAUGGGACGUGGUCUGGCACACAGCCCUUCUGUAAACCUGUCCAGUGUGGUAACCCUGGCACUCCCAGUAAUGGCCGGGUCUUUCGCUUGGAUGGAACAACGUUUUCGCACUCGGUCAUCUACUCCUGCGUGGAGGGCUACCUGCUCAGCGGCGCCACCACCAGGCUGUGUCAGGCCAACGGGACAUGGUCAGGAGCGCAGCCCAACUGCACCAUGAUAAACUGCGGGGAUCCUGGUGUGCCUGCUAGUGGUCUUCGCUAUGGAGAGGACUUUACGAUUGGUCAGAAUAUUUCCUUCCAGUGCCAACCAGGAUACAUGAUGGAGGAGGACGGGUCCCCUUUGAGGACUUGCACCAACAAUGGGACCUGGAGUGGGAUUAUGCCUAUGUGUACAGCUGUGACCUGCCCGGCCCCCCCUACCAUCAGUAACGGGGUACUGCAGGGCAGUGACUUUGAGUGGGGGAGCAGUGUGAGCUACAGCUGCUCUCCAGGAUACGAGCUCUCGUUCCCAGCCGUCCUGACCUGCGUGGCCAAUGGCACCUGGAGCGGCAUGCUACCACAGUGCUUACCCAAGUUUUGUGGGGACCCAGGUACCGCAGUCGGAGGCUUCAAAGAGGGACGAAGUUUCAUCUAUCAAUCAGAAGUCUUGUUCAGUUGUUCCCCACCUCUCCUUCUGGUGGGAACAGCAACCAGACAAUGUGAAAGUGACGGUUCCUGGAGCGGCACGCAGCCUCGCUGUAUCGAACCGACCAAAACCAGCUGUGAUAACCCGGGGACGCCACGCUACGGAUCCUUAAACCGGACCUUCGGUUUCAAGGUGGGGAACGUGGUGUCGUUCCAGUGCCAGCCGGGUCAUUUGAUUCAGGGCUCUUCCUCUAGAACCUGCCAGCCUGAUCUGAUGUGGACCGGUUUUCAACCUGAGUGCAUACCCCACGCCUGCAAACAGCCGGAGAGCCCGCUCCAUGUGGACGUGGUGGGGAUGGACCUGUCUGGUUUUGGCUACACCUUGGUGUACAGCUGUCAGCAUGGCUACUUCCUGGCAGGAGGUUCUGAGCACAGAGUCUGCAAGAACGACGGCACCUGGACGGGAAAGAUGCCUAUAUGUCGAGCUGGGGAGAAGAAGAAGCCUGUAAAACCAGCAACAGGAACUCCAAGCCCCAAACUAAACGUUCCAGAUGACGUCUUUGCUCCUAACUACAUAUGGAAAGGCUCCUAUAAUUACCGUGGGCGGAAGCAGCCGAUGACUCUGAGCAUCACCAGCUUCAACUCCACCACAGGGAGAGUCAACGUCUCCCUUAGCAACGGAAACAUGGAACUGCUCCUAUCAGGAGUGUACAAGGCUGUGGAGGCCCGGCUGCUGCUGCUGAUGUACCAGGUGAACCACGCCAACCAGGGGAACCAGCUCAAAGACUCAGCCGUCUCUCCAGCUAAAAUCAUCGACGACUCCUGGACCAUGGAUGGAUUUGUUUCAGCAGAGCCGGAUGGUUCCAGUUACGUAUUCCAGGGUUUCAUUCAGGGAAAAGACUACGGACAGUUUGGACUGCAAAGACUGGGUCUGAAUAUGUCGGAGAGUCAGAACUCGCCCCCCCCUCAGCUCGGUACCAACAGCAGUUCUGUGGCUAUCGCUAUUCUGGUGCCUUUCUUCGCUCUCAUAUUUACCGGCUUUGGCUUCUAUCUCUACAAACAAAGAACCACACCAAAAACACAGUACACAGGGUGCUCAGUCCACGAAAACAACAACGGCCAGGCUGCCUUCGAGAACCCGAUGUACAACACCAACGCCAAGGCUGUGGAGGGGAAGGCUGUUAGAUUCGAUCCCAAUCUAAAUACUGUCUGCACCAUGGUCUGAGGAUUGAUUACCCUCACUUGAACUCCAUGACUUAUAUACCUAAUGGGACCACAUGAGUGCGAGGCUAUGGGAGGGAAAAGCCCUAAACUUCGACUCAGACCUCGACACAGCACGGUCUAUACAUUGAUUACAAAAGACCUUCAGAAACCCCAAGCAGAGGGGAAACUGGCCACAUGAAACUAAAACUAAGCGAUGGCUCUUUUUAUUUACAGCUUUCGGUAUCCACAGAUGAAAUCUAAACAAAUACAAAAUGUCUGCUGCCUUCGAUGGAUGCAUAUAACAUUACAUGACAUGUUACUUGAUAGACGCUUUUAUCCAAAGUGACUUACACGCCUCCGUACACAACACAACCAGAGUAAACUCACAGCUAAAGAAGAAGAUGAAACCCAACCGGAAAACUAAACCGACUAUUAUCCGAGACUCAGCUGGUCAUAGAAAGUUUAUAAUUUGAUUCUCAACCGGGCACAGCCAUUACAUUUCAACCUCCUAUUUAACCCGCUCCCUGUCCAGUAGUAAUGAUUACGCCAUGACCUGAUGUCGGUUAUCAUGACACCGUAACCCGACGCUGACUUGUAUUCAGCGCAGAGCUUCGAAAAGAAAGACCCUCUGUGAGAGGGAGGGUACACCAUCAGCACUCUGGCUAUGGUUUUACAUCACACAGAAAAACGGCACUUCAAAAAAGGGUUGAUUUAAUUUGUACCAGUUGAACUGAACAAUUACUUACUGUGAGGAACAAAGAAGAAAAACAUCCACAGAUGGCAGAGUGUGACACAAAGUCCCAGAUGACACUGUGAAGCAAAGAAAACUGUUUCCCAACAUCUGGGUUCAUAACUGACAGUAAGACACUGUCACCAGCAGACCAUCAGUUAAACACACUGAGAUGUUACCAACCACACUAGCAACCAAACAGGACAACCUCCUGUCUCCAUGACAACAAUGAACUCUAUGAAAGCAGACUCUCAAACGGCUAAUGCUAGUAGACAGUAGCUAAAGUUGCUUUGAAAACUCCUAGGCAAAGGAUAAGGGCAGCCCUGGAGACAGAGCUAUAAUCCUAACUGAACUGGGAUCAGAGGGAAAAGCAGAAUUUAAAGCAGAGCAAGCACUAAAAGAAGAGAAGAGACUGACUCGUCUAAUGGAUAAACUGCACCUUCACAUCCAAGAGAGGAUGCCGAGGAGACGGAGACAACCUCUUCCUGAACUUGAAAUCAAGAGAAAAAGAUGAGAUCUAAAAAUCUUAACACAGCCAAUCAGAGCCUGUCUAACCUGAAAUCAACUACUGAGAGAGGUCAGCCUCGCCUCUGCGUGAUGAAUCAGAUCAGACAGAAUAUGGCCUUGAGGAGAGACGUUCCUGAUCCUGUGAAUUUAAAUGGAUACAGAGGACUCUGACGAAACAAAGAAAUAGACUUUGAGAAACAGAGAAAGCUCUGGCACUAAAGCACAUUUCACAGGAACACUACCUGUCUGCCCACUGAGAGAUGGACUAACGCAGGGACAGAUAGAAGGGUGAGAGAGGAACUGAUGACAGACAGGAAAGAUGACAGGUACACACACUAACACAACUCUGUGGAGACAGAAAGACAGAUGGUAUUAAGACCAACAGUUAGACACACAAGGAGAUAGACAGGUUCAAGAUGAGGAGCGUCUAAAGACUGUUGCGGACCAUUCCUCCACACACAGAUUUAAGGGUUGGACACAGAUUAACAGGUUUAUAGUUGGACAGAGACAGGCUGAUGGACAGGAGACACAGACUGACCUAAUUUGACAGACAGGCUUAUAGAAAGACAAACAGGGUCGUACCCCUCCGAUGUGGACACAGCUCCACUGUAAUUCUGCACUCUGCGAGUGCUUAUCUUCUUUCUUUGUUAUUGCUGCAGAAUCUUCUGAUCUGUAAAUCUAUUGCAUAUAUAUUCGGGAGCAUUCAUCACCUAUAUUUUUGUGCUAUAUAUUUACCACAAGGGGGGGGGCUGAAGGGGAAAAGACGGAUUAUAGCGGAUACUUUUUAGUAAAAAAAAAUUAAAAAAGGAAAUAAAUAUCAGAUUAAAAGAUAUUACAACGAUGUGUUGUCCACAGAAGUCACACAAAGUCUUUUGGUUCCUUUGUAACAUGGAAUUGUUUUGUUUUUAUUUGCUAUGUAACGUGAAGUUCCUCUCACUAUCACUGUCUUUCCCACUGAGGCCAUCAUGAGUGUCAGUGGUAUUGUUGUCGUCAUUGUUGAGAUGCAAGGUUUGCCAGCAACAAUCAUUUUCUUUCAAGUUAAUGUUUUUUCAACUCAGACGGCAGAUUUCUAAACCAUUAAGAGAUGGGGAGUCUUUUGUGGCUUGUUUUGCCCCUUUAUUAAAGCUACUGUAUUACAAAUACAUAUAUGUCCUUAAAAUAAUGCCACCAUUGUGACACAGACCACACUUCUCCUGGAAUAACAUCACAGUUUUGAUAACCUAACUGGUUACAUUUGCACAUUACAACUCAUUUCAGUGAUGUCAACACAGCAAAUCCCUUUUGUUUGUUUGGCCAAACUCAUAGCCUGCUCUGACUCUGGUUUAUUUUCUCCCAAGGCAACAGUAAGAGAACCAUCACAGUGAAUAUUAUGUAACUAUUAAUAGUGAUAAUUGUUGGUGAACUGCCCAACAUGUAGAUUACUGAUGAUGGUCUACAUACUGUAAGAUGUUCCAACUCACGUAGGAAAUGUGUGUGUCAGUUAAUGUUUGUAUUCUUUCGUCAUACAUUUUAGGAUGUUUUCCAAUGGAUAUGUUUGUGAACUCUAAAGUUAUGAUCUGAUUUAUCAGUUCAUACAACCUCAUCAUCUUAAAUUAUCACGAUCUCCAGGUUUUAUAUCACUGAGUCUUGGUUCUAAAGUGUCUCCCUGUGUUAAAGAUGUGUUUUGUCUCACAAACCAAUACUCAAAUGUCAAAAUCACCUGAAUCCUGUUUGAGUUUUUUCUGCUUAUAUUUAAUUUGCCCUUGUACUGAAAACCAAUCAAUUAUAAAUUGGCACACAUUAUUUUAAGGUUUAUUUUGUAUGUCUUUGGCACUUUCUAAGUAGUGCACAGUAUAUUGAAUAAUUGCUUGUUUACAUUGCAUUUAAAAAAGGCCUUGGAAGUUAUUUCAGAGAAUCUGAAGUUUUAGUACAAAUUAAACAUUUUGUCAGAAGCUCUUAUCAUUUCACGUCGACAGUUGAGUAAAUCCAAACACGACCAUUGAGAUUCAACAUUUCUCCUUGCUUCUACUUAUUAUAUUUCAUGUAAUGUAACCUUAAAGUUCAGCUCAGUGUUGCUUGACUGGUAGCUAUUUUUCAGAUCUCAUUUACCAUCUACUCCAUCACUGUGUUUUGCUGCAGGAGGCUGCAGUUGCACAUGUUGUUGGCAACCCGAGGGUUUCAUGUUGUGUAAGUAAAAUAAUCCUGAGAGUUUAAUUUUGUGUAAAAACCAUCCAGAAUCAUAAUGUAAGAGUUGGGCCUGAAAAUGCACCAUAUGAUAUCGCUACUUGGCAAGUGGUCCCCACAUGACAGGAAUACAUGUAUCAAUCGAUUUGCAUGUGUCUUUCAACUUUGUUGCACAUUUCAGAUAAACAAUACUUGUUUUGUUUUAAAGAGCCUGGUUUAAAGUUAGCGAGUGUGUGUCCCACACAUGAUGAACACCAGUUGUUUUUAAUGAGUCUGGGUGUCAGGGUGGGUGAAAACAUUUCCUUUGCUUUAUAGAACCCCUGCUGUCGUGACCACAGGCGCACACUGCAAGCAGCUAGCUGACUGAAAACUCCUUUUAAACUCAUUACUGAUUUAAAAGCAACGGUGGCUGCGGCCUCCAUGUUUGUCACUGCUGCAACUGUCCCGCACUGCAUCGCUAUGGUGACAUUGUUUCUUAUUACAGUUUGGAUUGAUUGUUGCUGCUGCUGCUGUUGUUGUUGCUGCUGUUGUUGAUGUUUUUUCGGUAUGGAUCUGAAACAGUGCCUACCAAAAACGAUGGGACCCUCCCUGUCAUCUAGACACACACACUCUCUUUCAAACACACACACACAUUCAUACAAACACACACCUGCUCCAGCGCCCCCCUUUCAUCAGAAGUCUUUUUUUUCUAAGCUUCAGUCUAUUUUGCCACAAGCUUUUCCUACUAACUGACCGCAAUAAGACCCAUGUGAUUUGAAAGACUUAAAGUUGUUCCUGCCUGGGGACAUUGGAAAUAUUCACCAUUUGAAAAAAAAAAAGAUGAAAUAUAGAAUAAAAAAGUGUUUUGUACAGAAAUAUAUUUUUAUGAUGAAAUUAUUUGUAAAAUGUAUGAAUCUAUUAUGUACAUUUUCAAUGCAAUGUAAGAUUAAAAAAGGCUAAUUGCUUUU